AUAGAAGAAGCCGUGCCGGCUGCAGUUCCUGAGCCAGAGUCGUCUCAGCUGCUUUUACUGCUACACUUCACUUCAGUUGCUGUUUACAGAGGUGCCACCCUCUUCACAGACUGGACUAUUAUACCAUUGCCUUUAGGGACUCUCACGCCUGGUGCUGCUGACUGGAGAUGCCAAACUGAAGAUCAUUUCCUUGGCAUGGGAUGAGCGGACCAAGCCUGGAGAAUGGCAAAUAAGAAGCAAUCACAAGCCUUCCAAAAUAGAGCCUGGCUGGACAUGGAGAAAACUCAAAGCAAACCAUCACCUUAAGAUUGGAACUGGAUCGUAUUGCAUAGACUUUUUUGACGUGUACCUUGAUGUAUGGAGCUUCAGGAAAAGGUAUAUUUGUUAGAUAAAAAUCGCCUGGAAGGCAAUCAUGGAUUUCCUGAACUUUACUGAACAAAAUUAUACAUUGGAACAAAAUGACACAUCAGAAAAACUACUUAAGAAAGUAACACCGAAGAUUCUGGUUUCUCUUACACUUUCUGUGCUAGCAGUGAUGACAACUAUCAUCAACUCUCUAGUGAUGACUGCCAUAAUUGUGACCCGAAAGCUCCACCACCCUGCCAAUUAUUUAAUUUGCUCCUUGGCAGUCACAGAUUUUCUGGUUGCCAUCCUAGUCAUGCCCUUCAGCAUCGUCUACAUUGUCAAAGAGACCUGGAUCAUGGGCCAGGUGAUGUGCGACCUUUGGCUCAGCGUUGACAUUACCUGCUGCACCUGUUCCAUCUUGCAUCUCUCAGCCAUCGCUUUGGAUCGCUACCGAGCAAUCACAGAUGCUGUGGAGUAUGCCAGGAAGCGAACCCCUAAGCGGGCAGGCAUCAUGAUUGCCGUCAUGUGGGUCAUUUCUGUCUUCAUUUCAAUGCCGCCGUUGUUUUGGCGGCACCAGGCUGCCAGCAGAGAUGACGAGUGCAUCAUUAAGCACGACCAUAUCGUUUUUACCAUCUACUCCACGUUUGGAGCCUUUUAUAUCCCGCUGGCAUUGAUUCUGAUCCUUUACUACAAAAUAUACAAGGCAGCUAAGACUUUUCACAGGAGGAGCGUGAGUCGUGUUCUCAAAGAGGAGGCGAAUGGACAGGGUCUCUUGGAAGGAACUGAGAAAAGCUGCCAGCCAGCUUCCUCGUCAUCAUGCACAAAAGGGAAAGCAUCUAACCGUUCAGGAGAUUUGGACAGAAUGCAUAUCUCCCUGCGAAGCCCCAAUUCUGAGUCCAAGAAUGAAAAGGGAUGGAAGAGACAACGGAUUUCUACCACGAGAGAGAGAAAGGCAGCAACUACCCUUGGCUUAAUUUUGGGUGCCUUUGUGAUCUGCUGGCUCCCCUUCUUUGUGAAGGAGGUGGUUGUCAAUACCUGUGAAAGAUGUCAGAUUUCAGAAGAAAUGAAUAAUUUUCUGACAUGGUUGGGAUAUAUUAAUUCUCUUGUUAACCCCCUGAUUUACACAAUCUUUAAUGAAGAUUUCAAGAAGGCAUUCCAGAAACUUAUCCAAUGCAAGACCUCUCUGUGAAAAGAAAAAGUACUCUGUGGCUGACUGGUUUUUUUUGUGGGGGGAAUGGAUUCGCAGUUCUGCUCAUGGUAGUAGAAUUGUGCCACACUGUGUUGGAGAUUUCAUUAGAAUCUAGAGGGUUCCAGUGGGCAUCCAGAAAAUUUCAGGGAUAUGGUAGGCUGCAAAAAGAGCUCCAGCACCGAUAGGUGCCAUGACCACAGCAGUCCUAGAAGUCUAAGCCCAGCCCUGUAAUCUCUCGUGUCUUCUCAGUAUGACAGAACCAAGCUGGAUUUGGCAGAUGUUAGGUGGAAAUCUGGGCACACACACAGAGAGAGUGAAAUCCAGGUCCACCAAACUUUUUCUGGAGUACAUCUCUAAUAUUUACAUAUACAUGAUUUCUAAUAACACUAGCUCUGUUCAAGAAAAGCAUUGAAACACCUGCAUAUUGACUAUCUCUGUUUUGUAUCAUUACCAUCUCACAGUGAAUGUUGUCCACACACUAAGAUGUAACAUUUGGUCAUAUUUAUUGGAAAGAAGCUAACUACAUGCAUAGACCUAUUCAGAUAGGAACACUUAACUUUUACGUGAAUUGAUCAUCACAUUGUAUACUUGGGGCUCAUCCAAAAAGUAGCUUUGUGCGCUCCUGAUUACAUGCUGUAACAUGCAGCUGGGAGUACAGGAAGCAUCCCAAGGAAAGGUCAGCGUCACUUGAAACUAAGAUGAUGCACAAGCGUUUUCCAAUGCAAUUACUCACUAAUCUAGUGACUCCUUUGGAUAUUAAAACCUGAAGCUGUUUUACAAAACAAAUUCAUCUUUCAUCUAUUAAAAAUUUAGCUUAUAAAAUACAUAAUGAAAAUGGAAAACAGACUUUUUAAUUCAGGGUUCGACCAUUCCACUUCCAUACGUGUCAGCAACUGAAGUGGAGCUUCUCUCAUUAAGGAAGUGUGUUCUCUGAGUUAUGUAAGAAACCAUUCAGCCUGGAUUAUCUCAAAUGGAAGUGAUGUAUUGAACCCAACUCAUAACAUGAUUUCUUCCCUCUAAGGUACCACUGAACUUCCAAGACUUGUGUGGGUUGUUCCCCUUAUCACAAGGACUCCAGGGACAUGGUCAUUUCACAUCUUCUCCCUCUCCCAGGGUUGAUUCUCAUAAUGAAGCCAAAACAGUGGCAUGUUGUAUCUUGGGGGUCUGGUGGGCUUUCAGUGUGUACCAAAGAGGUCAAAUCAGUGCUGCACUACUCAGCUUGUCAUAGUCUGACUGAAAUAUGACCUUGCGAUGCCAGAGUAUUACCAUUAUUCUUUAAAUAAUUAUAAUCUCAAUUUCUUAACUGAGUCUGCCAUCCUGCAUAUUUAUUUAAAAUAGCAACCAGACAUUCCAGAAAGAAGCAAAACAGCAGAUAAAGCAAGGGUACAGUGAUAAAUUCCCAAAAGUGUUAGCUAAAAUUCAACAGAAAAGGAACCAACAAAAUAAUGAUACGAUGGACAGAGAGGGACUUGCCUCAAAGUAAAGAAAAUAAGUAAGCAUAGGAUUCAACCACUAAAUCUGAAAAUAUUAACAAAAUACAACACAGUAAUGGCACUCCCUAAGGCAGGCAUUGAAUUAAAUAAACCAUUAAGAAUUCUGUUGGAAUAAAAAGCUUCAAAAGGCAUAUAAAGGUCAGACUGUGACAAGUUUCUUCAAGGAAAAAACUUCAUAAGCAUUUACUGCAACUUUCACCACAACCCCCUAGAAACUACAUCAACUCACAUAUGCAUACAAAAUGAUCUGGCCCACAGAAUUAAUUGUCUAAAGCAGCUUUGAAAGAUGGCAAGACUAUCUUCAGAUAGAACCCUUUGAAUUAUUUCCCCAAGACAUAAAAUGCUUUGCAGAGCCUGUUUUCACAAACUAGAAGCAAAGGCCAUUUGAGAACCUUCUAGUAAGGGCCAAAGUUGAGUGCUCUGCUCAAUGAGAAGUUAUUUCCGUUGUCUUGUUAGUCUGUGACAUUUUCCUAUUUGAGCUGAAUUAUCAAUUAUUUAUUUCUUUAUUUUUAUUCAUAAAACUUAACUGCCACGAACAGAGACUGAACCUUUGACGACUGCAGUCGGGGUAUCACUCAAAGGACCCGGUGCACAAGCCCACAACACAAAUCUUCAUAAAUGCAUGGAGUGCUCUGGAUAAAUGCAAUUGGCAGGUAGCAGAGGACCCACCAGUCCUACAUUUUGCAGCACACCCAUAAGUAAAAGGGUUAAAGAGGAUUAGGGCAGGAGAUCUGGAAUAUUACAUAGAAAAUCUGGGGUUCAGCCCCAUUGUCCAACCCAUAAAAACACUCCUGAUUGCAAGGCACUACACUCUUGUGCAUCAGUUCUAACUGCUGCAUUAUUUUUGAGAAACUGCCAGGAAAGACACUCUGCAUUUUUUAAUAAGCUCCACAACAACCUUAUUGAGCUGUUUUAAAUUCCUCAUGAGUUGGAGGAAUAAGCAGUGGGGAUCCUGCUGUACACAUGUAGGGUACUGUGUGAUUCAGAACCCUGGAAAAUCAGGAAGAGCAAUGGGGACAAGAUAACACAUUAGUUCUUGCUCUUCAUCAUCAUGUGGGAGAUUUAGGAAUACAGUGGUACCUCAGGUUACAUACGCUUCAGGUUACAUACGCUUCAGGUUAAAGACUCCGCUAACCCAGAAAUAG